UUUACAAUAAUUUAACAAACAUAAGCAAUUACUAUUUCUGCUUUGUGUGUUUUGUUUGACGUUCUCGCUAUGUAGUGAUCGGCUGGUGUGGCCAUAACACCAGAACACACCAAACGUUUACCCUAUGGAAAUCUACCGAGCAUUCCUCGUAGUAUUCAACUCUCUCCUAAUCCAUUCCGUUUCACACAGACAACCCAAAUAUUCAAUCCCUUCCUAAUUUGGCACACGCAAUCCUCUCCAUGCAAUCUGCAAACCUAGGCAGCAGCACUUUAAACUCUCCCCUCAUUCAGUCAAAGGCAACAUCAACCAAAGGGAGAUCCACAAUCUUCAACAUGUUGGAAUCCCUUACAGUGGUGUUUUUCUAACAUCAAACGAAUCUGGUUAGUUGAUUGCAAUAACGUGUUCGAUAUAAGUCACAGUUACAUUCGCUAUAAAUGGAGCAAAUUGAACACAAGGUUGCCAUGGUGAAGAUUGAAUAGUCCUAAUUCGAGAGCUUGCAAUCUUCACACAAUCUGCUGGAUCAGCCAGACUUAUUUGAAGGGAUCACCUUAAGGAAACCGAUGAGAUUCCACAGGCUAAAAGUAAAAGUCACAGAUAAUGGUGAAAACGCUCAGCAGGUCGGGCAGCAUGUGUGGGGGCAGUUAUUCGAAAUCAUAAUUUUACCGCCUUCCUGCACGGACGCUGUCUAAGUGGCGGGGUGUUUCCCGCAUUUUCUGCUGAGUUCCGUAUGACCAGUAAAGAUGUAUAUUUUGCAAGUACCACUCAGCAAAUGUUCUAAAUUCGAGGGGCAAGAUAUGCUGCCUAAUAUCCGAAAUAAGGCGAAGAAACACAGCUAUGUUUCGAGAUUGUGACAUCCCUGGAAUCACUCAAGAAAUGACCUAGGUUUGCAAAGAUGGAGUUUGGAAAUUCUUGAUUUAUCCCUAUUUAUUGGUGAACAUUUCCUCACCUGCUUUUAAGUUAGUUUCAACCUUUCGUCGCAAUGCUUUCCUGAACUCCAAGAACACUUGUGUAAGAUGAUUUCCCUACUGGGGCUCAUGGUUUUAGUGACAGCGGGAGAUGUUUUCACGAACUUUCACUUCAGCGCCUCAGCCCAGUCAGGUGAGCGAAGGGUGGUUGCUCACCAGCCGGGGGACAUCAUCAUUGGGGCUUUAUUCUCAGUUCACCACCAGCCACCCGCGGACAAGGUCCACGAGAGGAAAUGCGGCGCCAUAAGGGAGCAAUAUGGCAUUCAGAGAGUUGAAGCCAUGCUGCACACGCUUGAGCGCAUCAAUGCGGACCAAAUGUUGUUACCAAACAUAACAUUAGGAUGUGAAAUUAGGGACUCUUGCUGGCACUCCGCGGUGGCUCUAGAACAAAGUAUUGAGUUUAUAAGAGACUCUCUUAUCUCCAAUGAGGAAGAGGAGGGAAUAGUGCGCUGUGUUGAUGGAACUACCGUACCGUUCAGAGCCAAAAAGCCCAUCGUUGGCGUUAUCGGGCCUGGUUCCAGCUCUGUGGCCAUUCAAGUGCAGAACCUACUGCAACUUUUCAACAUACCUCAAAUUGCAUACUCUGCCACGAGCAUGGAUUUAAGCGAUAAAACAUUGUUUAAGUAUUUUGUAAGAGUGGUGUCAUCUGAUGCCCGUCAAGCGCGUGCCAUGGUUGACAUUGUGAAGAGGUACAACUGGACUUACAUCUCCGCUAUACACACAGAAGGUAAUUAUGGAGAAAGUGGCAUGGAAGCUUUUAAAGAGAUGGCAGCUAAAGAGGGAAUCUGCAUUGCUAACUCCUACAAAAUCUACAGCAAUGCUGGCGAGCAGAACUUUGAUAAGCUUUUGAGGAAGCUGCGCAGUCAACUUCCAAAGGCCCGAGUUGUGGCUUGCUUUUGUGAGGGCAUGACUGUAAGAGGGCUGCUGAUGUCCAUGAGGCGACUUAGAUCAUUGGGAGAGUUCCAGCUGAUUGGCAGUGAUGGCUGGGCAGAUAGGUAUGAUGUGACAGAUGGCUACCAACGAGAGGCAGCUGGAGGUAUAACAAUCAAACUCCAGUCUCCUGAUGUAACAUGGUUUGAUGAUUACUACCUUGAGCUGCGGCCAGAGACUCACUUCAGUAAUCCCUGGUUCCUGGAGUUUUGGCAACAUAGAUUUCAGUGCAGGCUGAAAAAUCAACAGCAAGAAAAUUUUGAAUAUAACAAGACCUGUGACGGAACAGAAUCAUUACAUGAUCAAUAUGUACAAGACACCAAAAUGGGAUUUGUGAUAAACGCAAUUUAUUCAAUGGCCCACGCUUUACACAACAUGCAACAAAACCUGUGUCCUGGAGUUAAUGGGCUAUGUGAAGCUAUGAAACCUAUUGAUGGGAGAAUACUGUUGGACUUCCUCAUGAAAAUCAACUUUACUGGAGUAUCUGGAGAUGUCAUCUCUUUUGAUGAAAAUGGUGAUUCACCAGGAAGGUAUGAAAUAAUGAAUUUUAAAAAGCUGGGCAAAGAAUAUUUUGACUAUAUUAAUGUUGGAAGCUGGGACAAUGGAGAGCUGAAAAUGGAUGAUGAUGAAAUCUGGUCCAGUAAGAAUCUUGUUGUCCGGUCUGUCUGCAGCGACCCAUGUAAAAAAGGGGAAAUAAAAGUGAUCCGGAAAGGUGAGGUAAGCUGUUGCUGGACCUGUACCCCAUGUAAGGAAAAUGAGUUUGUGUUUGAUGAGUACACCUGCCAAGCAUGUCUGCUUGGCUCUUGGCCAACUAAAGAUCUCAGAGAUUGUGAAAGGAUUCCUGUGAAGUACCUCAGAUGGGGAGAUCCUGAGCCAAUUGCUGCAGUUGUCUUUGCCUGCCUUGGUCUUCUUGCCACCAUGUUUGUAAUGUUUAUAUUUAUGGUGUACCGGGAUACUCCUGUGGUCAAGUCAUCCAGCCGGGAACUUUGCUACAUCAUUCUAGUGGGAAUCUUUCUCGGCUACCUGUGUACCUUCUCUCUCAUCGCCAAACCCCAAAAGAUUUACUGUUAUCUACAGAGAAUUGGAAUUGGUCUUUCCCCUGCAAUGAGCUACUCUGCACUUGUGACAAAAACCAAUCGGAUUGCUCGGAUCCUUGCUGGGAGCAAGAAAAAAAUCUGCACUAAGAAGCCCAGAUUUAUGAGUGCUUGUGCCCAGCUCGUAAUUGCCUCAGUGCUGAUAUGUAUUCAGUUAGGAAUAAUUGUUUCCCUGUUUAUAAUGGAGCCACCAGAGGUCGUCCAUGAUUAUCCAACUAUCCGAGAUGUCAAGCUGAUAUGUAAUACCACCAACAUAGCUGUGGUUGCCCCUCUUGGAUAUAAUGGCCUAUUGAUUUUAAGUUGCACCUUCUAUGCUUUUAAAACUCGAAAUGUCCCUGCCAAUUUCAAUGAAGCCAAGUACAUUGCAUUUACCAUGUACACCACCUGUAUCAUAUGGCUUGCCUUUGUACCCAUCUACUUUGGAAGCAACUACAAGAUCAUUACCAUGUGUUUCUCUGUUAGUCUAAGUGCUACAGUGGCACUGGGCUGUAUGUUUGUUCCAAAAGUAUACAUCAUCCUGGCUAAACCAGAAAGGAAUGUGCGCAGUGCAUUUACCACAUCCACUGUUGUCCGAAUGCAUGUUGGUGAUGGGAAGUCAUCUUCUGCCGCUAGCCGCUCCAGCAGUUUGGUAAACUUAUGGAAAAGGAGAGGAUCAUCUGGAGAGACUCUAAGCUCAAAUGGAAAAUCUGUAACCUGGGCUCAAAAUGAACGUAUUUCUCGAGGUCAUCACCUGUGGAAGAGGCUUUCUGUUCACAUAAAGAAGAAAGAUAACACAUCGAAACAAUCUGCUCUCAUUAAACCUUUCUCCAAAAGCUCUGAGAGUCGGCACAGCACACACAGCUAUCCAGAAGCAAAUAUUAAAGGACUGUAUGAUGUCUCUGAGGCCGAGGAGCAUUAUCCAGUCCAGUAUGUACCACAAACACCUUCACCUAUAAGUAUCGUGAGCCACAGAGCUGGAUCUGUCAGCCGAGCAGAGAAGGAAAUGCCCACAUUCCAGUCUGAGCACAUGCAGAGAAGCAGUUCUUCCCAAGGCUCUCUAAUGGAGCAGAUCAGCAGUGUGGUAAAUCGCUUUACAGCCAACAUCAGUGAACUGAAUUCUAUGAUGCUUUCAUCAGCUCCUUCAGGGGUUAUUGGUGCAUCUCCCAUCUGUUCAUCAUACCUGCUCCCUAAGGAGAUACAGCUGCCCACACCGAUCACAACAUUUGCAGAUAUCCAGCCUCUCCCAGCUAUAGAGGUGAAUGGACGAUCACAGCCUGCAAGUGGUGUUUCAAAUGCAAGCGUCAAGGAUGGUACUUCGGAGACUUCAGUGGUCAAAACAGAUUUUGAGGAGCUUGUAGCUCUUACUCCUCCCUCACCUUUCAGAGACUCCGUUGAUUCAGGGAGUGGUUCUCCCAAUUCUCCUGUAUCAGAAUCAGCACUUUGCAUCCCAUCAUCUCCUAGAUAUGACACUCUGGUUCUGCGUGACUAUACUCAAAGCUCUUCAUCUCUGUGAAUGUAUAAUGUAUAUUGAUCUAAAAGUGAGCUGAAGCUAAUAAGAAAUCUGCAAACUUUAGUCAAUUUUAUCCCAAACAUAAUUUGUUUUAUUCAUGUCAAUGAAUAUUGGCAUUGAUUCUGCAUGGUUGAAGAUGGGAUUACUCUCAAUGUUGGAAUCAAAAUGAAUUUCACAAGCAGUUUGAGAAUGACUUGUUGGUAGAAAACUGACUGCUAGUGGCCUUAAACCUUGUGGGUUCUUUGCACAUGGAAUUUAAUUUGUACUUAGAUUGAGAACUGGGAAGAGAAUGACAUGGCUAGAUAGUACAAAUUGCCAACUGUAUUGCUGACAAUGACAACUGUUUAAAGAAAAGACAUGAUUGCAGGUAAAGUUGACUGCAAGACUUCAGCAAUCUGUUGCAAAGAUUGUUAUUUCCUAUCUCCAUGGUGUGGAACUGCAAAACCUCUCAAAAGGUUGAGACCAAAAAUGAAUGUAAGUUUGUGGAUGAGGAUCAUAGGAUUCAGGACCAAAAGGACUUACAAUUUUGUAUGAAAGAGUUGAGGUGAUCUUUGUGAACGGAAAAUAUCUAUUACCAACACAUAAACAACUGUAAAAGAUAUAUGUAAGAUAUAUUAUAUGAAACAUAUCAUCUUGCAUUAGGAGCAGAAUGAUUAAGUUGCAGUAUCCCUUCCACUUGGCUCUUAGACUGCUUUCACCAGUCAAAAUAACAUAUAUAUAAGUUAAGACUUACAGUAGAAAUUAAAAGUCUUUUCCAUUGUUCAGUGAUAUAUGUUUUACUCCUUUUCUUGUGGCUGGAAUAUUUCACCAAAUUUAUGUUAUUUAUUAUUUUAGGAAUAAUUUAAUAAUUCUUCAUAAUGUUAUGGGUUCUUGUAGCUAGUGUCAAAUUGUGUGGAUGAGUUCAUUGCAUAAUAUCAUUUUCUUUAGUAAAUUUAAUUGAACUUGACAUCAACAAUCUAUCUUUUACUUAAAACCCUAAGAAAAUAAUAUCACAUGGGUACUCUGAGCAUAUGAGCUCUUCGGUAUGAGGCAAUGCAUGACAGAAUUUGUCAUUACUGCAGUUAGAAUGACAUAUUUGUUUUUGGACUCCAUUUAAAAAAUGGCUAUUUUUACCACACUUUUAAUUUAUCUGCUUAUUUUGGAGAUUAAAGUUAAUGAAGUGGGGUUAGUACUUAUAUGAGAAAAUAUCUAAAUAACUCAAUCCCAUUGUCAAUAAUGUAUAUAGCAUUAUUCAGGUAAAGGCAUCAUUUAAACUUUGAGUAGUUCAUUUAUAUUUUAAUACUAGUACAUGGUCAUAUUGAAGUAAGAUUUCUAGUGUUCAUGUAACUGUGAUUGCAUUAGUAAUUAAUAUUUUGUUCACUUUAUAUGGCAAUUUUAAUUUUAGCUUUAUUCUUAUUAUGGUCAUGAAUCAGAAGAAAAAUAAACUCAAGCCAGGGCAAAUCAUUUGAAAUGUAGGCUUCAAGUAUUUAGUGCUGUAUGAAGAAUAUCUGAGUAAACUUAUCAAUCAAUUACUUUUAGGUAUAUAUUCUUCAUGGAUAUGAUUGAUUGCUAGCCUAACACUUUUGUUCUCAAUUUUUAGCACUAGGGUGAAAAGUUAUCAAUUACUACAUCUUGCCAACUUUUACUUAAGUUUUUGACAAAAACUGCAAACAAUCAUUCUCUAGUGAAAAGGUAAGUACUACAGGUAAUUUUUAAAGUAUUUCAGCAAUCACUUAAUUGACAGUGCCAACAAAAGGGAUACUGCAGCUUUAAAUAACUCCCAUGUCACAUGUAAAUGUUUUAAAUAAUGCAAAAAAGCCUUGAGAUUCAUGAUAAACAUGAAUAUUCAUAUUAAUUGAAAAAUUGUAUAUAUUGAGGUAUACAUUCAAAGGUUUCUAUGAAUGUGCAUGAAAUAUGCACACGUGUUGGUACAUAGUGAAAUGAACAUGGUUUAUGGAUAUAUCAUAAUUAUCAGCAAAUUCCAAACAAUGCAAAAAAAAAACCUUUGGCAGUUUGCUCAGUGUUUAAUUUUAUUGGGGACAGUAACUUGGUUGAAACAAGAGAUAUUACAAAGAUAGGUAUGAUUAUAAUUUUGUUGCAGAUUUGCAGUUAGAGUUUACUGUAAUUUGCCCAGAUCCAGGAUGAUAACAUCUUGACUAUCACCGUUUUAAAGAACUUGAGUAACUUUCUUCAAACAUCUUAAACCCUUUGCCUUCAUAAGUUUAUGCUCAGUCUAUUUUCUUUUAAUGAAGGGUUAGCCCAGUGAAGACAAAUCAUAUUCUUAUAGACAUUGAAGUGAUCUGUUACUUUAAUUGUUGACUCAGCAAAGAAAGUAUCAUCAUUUUUACCAAUUACAUGCAUUCAUUCAAAUAGACAAUAAACAAUGGUGUCUCGGGGUUUUAUGAGCAUCCUGGGAAACCUUUAACAAAUAAGAAUCAUAAACAGAAAUUAUUGAUAUCAGCAGAUCAGGGAACAGCAGAGAGAGCACAUUUAUGCUUUGGAUUUCAGCCCUUCUUCAAACAUCAACAAGUUUUGAAGCAAUGUCUAAACCCAAAAUAAGAACUCAUCUGUGCUUUCCAUGGAUUCUGUUGACUUGCUGAGCAUUUCCAGUGUCCUCUAUUUUUGUGCCAGAUUUCCAGCAUUUGCAAUCUUUGGUCUUUGUUUACUUAGGUAAAUGCUUAUUUUCUAUAUAAACAUAUUCAUACAAUCUGUUGACAUUAUCUUUAUUUUAAAAUAUCUCUGACAAGGUCAUACACUUUCUACUUAGGACAUGAUGUUUAAUAUCAAGCAAUAGUUUUAUAUCUCUCCCAUUUUAAUAACUUGAUUGGUUUCUGUUACAAUAAUGCAUGCAAUUACUAUUAUUUUAUAUUUCAUCUAUCAUAAGUUUACACUUUCUUGAACCUAAUUUUGGUCACUCAUCUUUUAUCCAGUUCUCAAAUCCCCUUUCAGAUGCCUCUCUUUAUUUUGAGUUCAAUGCAUUAGUUUGAUGCUCAAUGUAAACAUUAUUGUAUUUCCAAGCAAGCCAUCUUGCUGGGGGGUGGAACAAACACAGCAACCUUUUCCACUCUUUUUUCUCUUCUUUUGUUUCUGUGCUUCUCACAUAAUGAUGUUUCUUGCCAGUUGCUUGGUCUGUUGCUGGACAAGAUGAUAUCAUAAUGAUGGCCCUUCUCACACACAUCUACAGAAAUAACCCAAUUAUAUCUGUAGACUCUAUGUGAUGUAGGUGCUCUUAUAUUAUAGUAAGUGAAAUGCAAUAAUGAAUUUUGAAGGUGUGCAUUCCUAAAUGAGGCCAGUACAGCAUAUACCAUGUAAUAUUCUGAAAUUCUUCAUUAUAAGUUAUUGAACACAAUAAACUUGUGAAAACCAACUCAGAUAUUGGCUGAAGAAUUAGGAUUCAUUGUAUCUUUAAAUGUACUAAGAUGUUUCUUCACCAUAAAUCAAAAAUAGUGCCAUAUUCUCUCCAUACAUUGGGUAAAAUAAAUGGUUCAUACUACUGAAAAAUUGUUUUCCCUUACAUAGUUAAUUUAUAUUUAGUAGUUGCAAAUAAUUAUCCUACAUACAAACAUAGGAAUGCAUUAUUAAUCCCCAAAUUUAACAAAGACUGAAUUCUUGAACAAUAGUUGACACAAACUGCACUAUUGCACACCUCCCAAUUCAUUUCUGUGUAAAGUUUGACUAUACGGUAGAACGGAAAGUUUACGUAUCCAGAAGUUCAAAGGUGAAGAAAUUAACUUGUAUAACUGAAAAUAUAUACUGUUGAUGACAAACUGGGGGGCAUAUCUACAAAGAAUGCAGCCCCAUUUAAUUUGUGUUUAAAUUGACUAUUGAUGUUUUAAAAGUGCAAAACUGUGACAAGGUGUAUUAGAUUAAAGCAAUAAUGAACGCAAAACUAGUAUCAGUACAGGUUCUUACACAAUUAAAUCCUGUAUGUUUUGUGAUAACUUUGAAUCUAAAAAUCUAAAAUCCAAACAUCUUUGAGUUCAUUAUUGUGAAAUACAUCUAUAUUAAUAUGUUGUCUAGUUUACAUACUGUAAUGUAUAAAAUGCAAGGAUUAACAUAUAUUCUUGUAUUGUUAACAGUGAAUAGAGAUCAUGGACACAUGUAGUUCCUAAGGUGAAUUCCAGAGAUGGUUCAAUGAUUAAAGAUAUCACAGGCAAAGUUAACUUUGCUUCUUCCUUUAAUGAACAUUGUCACUGUGCAUUUUACCUUAGCAACAGCCUCAGUAAUGUUGUGCAGGCAUUAUUUUCAUGGGCACAUGUAAUCUUUUGCUGCUAUUCAUCAACUAGAUGUGGAAUGUGUUAUGUAACCACUUUAACUGAAGGCAGCAAUUGGUAUUUGCAAAUGGCAAUCGCCAUGUCUCUAACGCUGGUAAUUUUUUUGAUUGUUGUUUUUAAAAAGACAAGCAUAACAGUGCCAAUUUUAAGAAUUUAUUGUGAGCUUCAAGUGCUUCUACUUUUUGUUACCUACCUUUGAUACGUUGUUUUCAGUCAGUUGUGGAAUUUCAAACUCUAGUCAAAUGGGCAGACUGCAUUACUUUCUAGUUUCUUGAGCAGUUGAAAUAUGAAAAUGAGGUGGUAUGUACAACUAAUCUUUAGGUUUCUUUUUGGUGAACAUUUUACCUAUAUAUUCCUAUUGUGCUAUCUCUGUCUUAUUUGGUUUAAAUUUCAAUUUGCUUAUUUCUAGCCUGAUGGAAUCUGAACAUGCUGGAUGUAUCAUUAUAUUAAGAACAAACUGACAUGACUUUGAUAUUUUGGAAUGCUACAAAACACUGCCUGACUAAUAUAUUUUAUCACUGUUGGAAUGAUUUAAGAUACAUUUUAUUCUUUGUGGUAAUGAAUAUCCUCAUAAUUUUCAGCAAUUGAUUCACAUGAAUGAAUACCUAUAGACAAAGAAGCUAGAAAAUUAUUUAGUCUGUCCUAAAUGCCAGUAUGGUAUUAAUUUUGUUAUGUAGAAUGUAAAAUAAUCUUAUUGCUGUGAAAUUGAUACAUUUUGGUACAAUGUGCUGCCAUUUUUUUCCGGCAAACCCAUUUAGCUUUGUAAAUGCAAAAAAAUAGGUAAAUGAUUUCAAUCAUUUCUAGUGGCACAUUUUGCUGUUUGUCAGUAAAUUGUUUUCUCCUGUUAAAACAUGUGAGGUGUUUAUGUAUGAUACAAUGACUUUUUGGAAUAUUAAAACUAUAUUGUAGAA